AUGUGCACGGGGACGUUUAUCACAGCUUUUCUUCUUUAUGACUUCUCCGAGGAUAUUCACAGAACUCGUGAAACAGGCAAAGAUGGAGGGUAUCCAAUACACUGUCUCUCCACAGAUCUUACACAACCGACAAAUCCAGCAGAGACUGUUGCUGGACAUAGCCUACAGAAUUAUGUACAGGGAACAUUAGAAGAACAUAACAUUACAGAGAUUUUCAAACCAGCUGUGCACGUCAGGGCAAAACAAGGGCUUAAACAAUAUCAAAGGCUGCAGAAAAAUGACGGAAUUCCUGCAUUGGAUCGCAUUCACUGGGACAACAUAAACGGCCAGUUCAGUCAGGAAGGGUUAAUGCGCCUGAGCCCCGACGGAGAAAUAGCGGUGCCACAAGACGGAGUUUACUUCGUUUUCUCUCAGGUUCAUUUCGAAACACAAUUAGGACAGAGUAUGCACUUUACGCAGUACUUAUACAAGAGGACAGCGUCCUAUCCACGACCAGUGAUGCUCGCAAAAUCUGUAGUGACUCCCUGCGCGAGCGCUAACUCUAGUGUACAGCUUUAUUCCAGCCACCAGGCGCUGUUCCGCUUAGAAAAGGGCGACAGGCUCUCAUUGCACGUGCUGGAUAUUAGCGCCGUGCGCUUCCCACAGGAAGCCACUUAUUUCGGGGCAUUCAUGAUUAACUAAGCAAAACAGCAGCGUUUUGUUUCAGUUGAUUUCUUACGGAGAUU